AUGAGAGGCUCCUCAUACUCCCAGAAGUCCUUGGCGGUCAGCAGCUCCAGCCGAGUCCGGGUGCAAAGUCCAUCUCCGUCCCGCUGCAGGGGCUCCUCCUACAACCGUGGCCGUGCUGGGUACCAGAAUGGCGUGUCUGCUGUUGAGGUGGGCACCGAGAUCCACCAGCAGCAUGCCAACGAGAAGGAGGAAAUGCAGGAGCUGAACGUGCGCUUUGCCGGCUACAUUGACAAGGUGCAGGCCCUGGAACAAAGGAACGCCCAGCUGCAGGCAGAGCUGGCCGCACUGCAGGGCCGCUUCAAGGGAGGCCCCGGUGGGCUCGCCGAAGAGUAUGAGAUCAAAUUCAAGGAGAUGAGGGACCUGAUUGAGGCUCUGACUGCUGAAAAGGGUGCGGCCGACAUUGAGAGGGGUUACAUUGAGGAAGAGGUGGAAGUGUGGAGGCUCAAACUGGAGGAAGAGCUGGCCCUCAAAGAGGAGGCUGAGAUGAUCCUGCGAGAGUUCCGUCAGGAUGUGGAUUGUGCCACACUACAGAAAGCAGAGCUGGAGAAGCGUGUGGAACAGCUGGUGGCUGAGAUUGAGUUUUUGAAGAAGCUGCAUGAUGAAGAGGUGGCUGACCUUCUGAAGCAGAUUGAGGACUCCAAGGUCACUGUGGAGCUGGACUCAGACCGGCCUGACCUGGCUGCCUACCUGCGCAACAUGCGUGCCGAAAUCGAGGCUGUGGCCGCUCGCAACGUCCAGGAGGCAGAGAAGUGGUACAAGGGCAAAUUCGACACACUGAAAGAACAGGCAGGCAAAGCUGAGGACCAGAUGAAGACCAUGAAGGAGGAGAUCACUACUUAUCAAACCCAGGUGACCGACCUGCAGAACCAGAUUGAUGGAGUGAGAGCCCGUAAUGCUGCUCUGGAACAGCAGCUGGAGGAUAUGGAGGCAGCUCACCUGGACAAAAUGUCAGGGCUGGAGGCCAUCAUUGCUCAGCUGGAGAACCAGCUCUGUGAGACCAAGAUGGAGAUGAGCAAAUACAUGCAGGACUAUCAAGAGCUGCUGCACAUCAAACUGAAGCUUGACGCUGAGAUCGCCACCUACAGGAAGCUGCUGGAAGGCGAGGAGAAGAGGCUGGGAAUCUCAGGCGAGAGCCACACAGCCAUCCAGGACUCUGCCUAAGGACCUCCACCCCUCCCAGGACACACCACGCUGUCUGUCUG